UAGCGUCCGUAGCGGACAUCUAAUCAAAAAUCUAACACUGCCAUCCUUCUCCAUGACCAUCAAUUGACCUUGCCUCUUCUUUUGACGCCGCUUGCACCUGUAUUUCACCACACCCUCAAAGUCAGUUUCGAGGUAAAUGGACAAGUACAGGUCUAAUGAUGUCCAGAAGAGACCCUGAAGAGCAUCUGCCUGCUACGACUCUGCCUGAUGAGCUACAGAAAUGUGGUGGCUACUGUGGGCGAGUACUUAACGACGACGACUCCCACUUUUGCCCCUCAGAGCAACACACCGCUCUGUAUUGUUCUUCACCAUUGACGACACCUAUGUCGGCCGAAGAGGUGGUCAUCACCAAGCAGGCGUUCAAGGCCUUGCAAGGGCAAUUGGACCAUGUCAAGCUUCACCUGGGCCAGACGGACGCUCGGCUGCAAGCAUUGACGGCGCAGGUUGAGCUGUUGAAUGCCAACAUCCUCAACUUGGCUGGCACAGUCAAAUCGCUACAGCUUGCACCCGGACCUACUAUAGCGUUCACAAAGGCUCCAGCAGAAUUGCUGUUGCUUGUGUUCGCUGGAACCGAGCAAGUGCCCAUGCAGCUCGUGCUGAAUGACGAAUACAAGCUUGCAAUCCCCACGCCUCUUCCCUUUGUCUGGAGCACGGACUCUGAGGUGACGCAGAUGCAGGCUGCGAUCGAGUGGCUGAGAGCACUGGCCCUACCUGGCGUUUCUGUCCUUGAUGCACGUACUGUGCGUCUGCAUCACGUGGCGCCCAUUCCUCAAGCCGGCGGCGGCACACAGCUUCAAAAGUUUGAGGGAAGACCUGACCUGAUGCUCGUAUCCUAUCCUCAGCGCUACCUAGAGCUGAACUACUUACUCUCUGGUUCUGGAGGAAGAGCCCUCAUCGAGCUAAAAAAGAAUUGCUUCUACCACAACCCUGCUGUUGGCGAGCGAGUUCCUGUGCCAGCGCACAUGGACCAGGCACGACUCCAACUCGUGGCGGCAAACACCACCCGCAUACGUCCGCCGCAUAUGCUGGUCAUCCUGACUGAUUUGACAUCGGCAGCUUUCUUGAAGAUGGAAGAGGGCAAGGAUUCGUGGAGGUUUCACCUGUGCCAUGAUCCGAAGGAUUUCAUCGCCUGCAUGCAUCUUGCCAUGCAAGAAUUUGAAAGAGGCGAAGGACCAGGCAUCUUUUACGACUUCCCUGUAUCUACAUAAACCUUCGUAGUACAUCCUUACCCUGCUGGUGUGGCGACAUAGUUGCAAGUGAGCGUUCUGUUUGUGGUUCCGGCCCACUUUGUGACUGUGCAAUUGCGCGAUGGCUUUGGUGAAGUGUAGAACUACGCGACUGAUUCACGAUAUCCAAAACUACAAAUAGUGCUGAGUGCUUGCGCUGUAGGAAGUGCAGGUCGUUCAGGUGAAGGCGGAGGGCAUCAGAAACUGAGGUCCUUGCGGCGGCCAGACCUGCUCGCAGAAGUUGACGACAGAUGACAGAAUUUGCUGGCACCUCCAGUGUGCACGAUAUGAAGAAUGUUGAAGACAAGACUAUUCGCGCAUCACCAAAUCUCUUGCCGCCCACUCUUGAUGCGAAGGAAUCUUACAUGCAAGCUUGGUUCCAGCGCCUGGGCGAAGACAUCAGGCAGAUUCGCGAUCAAGUUCAGGAAUUGCAGGUUG